CCCGCAGCAUCAACCGCAUCCGCCAGCGCCGCGAUGGCCCCAAAGAGCUCUCCCACCGAUCCGGACGUCCGUGCGACAUUCAAGGUGCUGCUGAUCGGCGACUCAGGCACGGGCAAGUCGUCGCUGCUGCUCCGAUACACAGACGAUGUUUGGCUGCAGCCCGACGAAGUCCAGGCCACCAUCGGCGUCGACUUCAAAAUCAAGAUUGCCGAUGUGGACGGCCGAAAGUACAAGCUGACCAUCUGGGAUACGGCCGGCCAAGAGCGCUUCCGCACUCUCACAUCAAGCUACUAUCGCGGUGCCCACGGCGUUAUGUUCGUGUACGAUGUCGCCAAUCGCCAGAGCUUUGAGAAUCUCCAGAUGUGGUUCGAGGAGCUCGAAACAUACUCAAACACAACCGAAAUUGUCAAGAUCAUCGUGGGAAACAAAUGCGACAGGGAUAUCGCUGGAGCUCGGCAGGUCACCAAGCGAGAAGCCGAAGCGUUUGCCCACAAGAUGAAGGCCCUAUUUGUCGAAGCUAGCGCCAAGAGCCGCAUCGGCAUCCACGACACUUUUGAUAUCCUGGUCCGCCAGAUUGCCGAAACUCCAUCGCUGUGGCAGAAAUCAAACACAGCACCAUCAGAGUCCCAAAUUGUCCAGCUCGACAACAAGCGAGGCGAAGACGACUACUAUUCCUACUGCUGUUGACAUUCCUCCAAGCGUCAAGUGGAAUACGGCCAUGCCCAAGGCUGUGCCUCCAUGGUGCUGCUCACAAGCCAACUGGGAGCACCCUACUUUGCAAGGCGUUGGCUGUUUUGGCUUCUGAAUACACCCUCAUUCGUUCUAUUGA